GACGGGCAGAUCAUAAGGGAUCAACAAACCUCCCAAUACAUACAUACAUAUACAUAUAUAUAUGCAUUCAUCAACGCCGCCGCACCGAGGUCCUUUUUGUGUUUUUUUUCUCGCUGCGGUCUCUUCUGUGCGUUGAUGCCUGCGUAAAGCCGCCUGCACCGUCGAGCAUACACUCACACACCCACACACACACCCAUGCGAAAUACACGCUCAGUCGUGGAUCAGUGCUCUCCUGCUUUCUAUAUGUUCUCUGUUUUAUAAUUCUCUCUUGUGUGUGACCGUCGGCAGUACAGAAGGCUGUCCUUUGUUGUGGUGGUUUAAAAAAAAACGUUGAUGUGCAGCUCCGCACACCACCACCACGACCGCCACCACCUCUCCUCUCUCUCUCUCCAGCAUACGACGAGCGACGGGGACGUCGCGGCAGCCGUUUAAAAGGGAGGGAGGAGAAAGCAACGGUAAGUAGAUACACCGAAGCGCAGCGCGCGAAUAUUUUAUAUCUAAAACAAGGGUGUUCCCGAUAGCCUCAUUAAAAAGCAAAAGUACCUUAAAUACCAAUACUCAUCUAAUACAAAGCAUGGGUGCCUGUUCAGAGAAGGCAGGCGGAGACGUGGCGGAGCGAAGAGUCGACGGACGCGUCGACGCGUCAUCGCAGCAGGAGCCCCCGCCUCCCACGCCGCCUCUGCCGCCCCAGCAAUUAGAAGACGCUACGGAGACCUCCGAACGAAAGACAAGACGGUGGAAGCACCGUCGAGUCCACGGUGGCGGCACCGCUGCACAAGCAGAGGAAACAACUACCUGCGCUGCCUCGCCACCGCCGCCGCCGCAGCAGCAGCAGCAGUCGUGUCACGACGGGUCCAACGCUACACCCGACACUCCGCGAGGGAGGCUGUUGGAGAACCAGAAGCUAUCGUUGCAUCACACCGUCACGUCCAACAAGAAGGCCGAGGAAGAGGAGGCACCGCAAAAUAAUCCGAUCAUGUCGAGCGAGGCGCAGGGGCCGGCGUACGACAGCGUGUUGGCACGCCUGAAACAGGGCAGCUCCUACCUAUGGCUGCGCAGCACGUACGCCAUCCCGUACCUGAAACCGACGCCGCUGCUCACUGUGGACAAGAUGCGCGAACUGCGGAACAGCAACACAGCUUUUCAACAGCUGUGGGGUGUGUUGGGGGAGGCCGCGUGCAUAAUCGGACCCUACGCCGCCGCACCAGCUCCUGCGGGGCCCUCUUCUCCUCCAGACGGUGGUAAAGAUGUUGGCGAUGACCUCCGUGUCGUGCCACCCCUCGUGAAGGACGACGAUGCACGUAUAGCGAAGAAAAGCAAGGCGCACGCCACCGCAAAUGACCCUGUUAUCACUGCGACAGCGGCGAGCUCCAACGUAUAUGGGAAGCCCCAAGCGACCGCCGCCGCAGCAGCAGCAGCAGGGGCAUCAUCGCCACAACAGCAGCCCGCUGGACAGAGAGACGCCAGCGAAAUCCGCGUAAUGGGUGCACGUCACAUCAACAUCGAGGGAGACGAGGCACGGCGGCACCCCAUCAUCUGCCGCGGCGACGUGUACCGAGGGAAACACAUGUGGAUCCACAAGCUGCGCUCCCGCUGCUGUUGCGUCUUCGAGUACCUCAGCGGUGUCGAUUUGAGUGACUGCUGUGACGCCAUGAUCGUGCUAGCCCCUACCGCCGGUGCAGUGUCCCUCUCCAACUGCCACCGCUGCCUCGUCAUCGCCGCAGCGGCACAGGUGCGUGUCUUGUCCUGCAGCUCAGUCGUCUUGAGCAUCAACGUCGCCGGGUUCCCCGUGAUUGAGAAGUCGUCCAGCAUUGGUGUGGCGCCGCUGCUGGGCUGGUACGCGUACAGCAAACUCCCCAUUGACUUUCGCCUUGCCAAUCUGUCGCUCUUUACGAACAACUACUCAACGGUGCGCGAUGUGACGCCGCCGCCGCCGCUGAGCGCGAGCAGCGCGGCCAGUGUGUCUCUCUCCGGUUCGAAACAUGUGGACCCCGCAGCGGCGUCUGCCGGCACCUCAAACGCUUCGCUGCCCGCGAGCAACUUCGUGUACGUGGACCUGUGGGAGCUGGAGGCGGCGGUGUGGAAGGCGAUGGCAGAGCAGCGAUGGGGUCAGCUCAUUUCGGAGGCAAACGCAGCUGCAUCCGCUGCGACGGUUGCGGCACAGGGGCCGAGUAGGCAGCUGAAGGACAACGCGCUGCAUCCUCCCGGCUCCACCGCAGCUCUCGUGGGGGGUCCGCCGCCGUUACCGGAUGCCAACGGUGGCGUACAGCAUGGCCCCCGUCAAGAUGACGAAGAAGAUGACGCAAAGCACGGUGACGACGACGGCGAGGCAAUGAUGACAUCGGAUGAAGCUUUCCUCUCCAUGAUUUCAUACGGCCACAUCAGCCCCUCGACGGUCUCGAAGACGAGCAUCAAAGGCAGCACCACCACCGCCACCGCGACGACGUCGGCCAGCGCCGAGGACGUGAGCCGGUCCGACCACCGCGCGGUCGUCCCCCAUGCAGUGCCGGCGAGCGCGUUCGCCUCCUCCCAGGCCGACAACGCCGUGGCGCAGCUGCCUCGGUGGCGUCAGUCUGGGUUUAACGGCAACGUCGCGACGGACGGCUCUCCGUUAGACCCACAAAAUGUAAAAAGCAAUUACAGCACGGGUAGCGCGCUGCAGGCGGCAGCACUGAAGCGGCGCGGCACGACGUGUGACGCGGCGAAUCUUGCGCAGUUGGUGCUGCGCGCGGUCCCGCUGCUGCCGCUGUCCACGCUUCGUGAUGCGCCGUCGCUGCUGCUGCUGCUGAGCCAUGGCGUCGACGUCUCCGCUCCUGCCAACGGCGGUGCGGAGGAGGAGGAGGAGGAGGAGAAGAGCGCGUUCGGCGGAAACGGCAGCAAGAGAACAGCGCGCUACAAUCCACUCGAGCUGGCGCUGGCCAUCUACACCCAAUCGUGCGCCGUCCCCGCCACCCUCGGCGCACAGCUCAUCCCGGCGGACUUCUUCGAGCAGGCGUGGAAGCUGAAGCUUAUCAUCCUCACCGCGAAGGGUGGCGGCUACGACCUGGCACGUCGCAUCACCCGCGACAUCGAGGGGUCGCGACGGCGUUGCUUUCUCGAAACAGUGCGGGCAAUGCUGCACGCGCCACCGCCGCCGGCGUCGCAGGUCGACGGUGUGACGACGGCGACGACGGCGGGGAAAGACGCACGCAGCGGCGGGGGUGGGGAGGAUGUGGCGCUCUCCCUGGAGGACGAGGACGCCUUCUCUGAGGCGUUGUCGCGUUAUCUGCGCACCACCUCGCUGGUGCAGCGCUGUGGCGCCGUGCUGCUGCUGAACACGGUGGAGCUGCGGUGUACCGAGACGGCCGUGCGGGAGUUUGUUGCGCCGGUCUUUUAUAAACUGUGUGAACCGGUCGGGCUGCGGAGCGCAGCGGAGGCGGCGAGUACCAGCGCCAGCAAUGGAAGUGGCCACCGGUUGCACCUUCCGUGGAAAUCGGGGAACUCUACCAACGCGCACAGCGCUGCCUCUUCUUCCGCGUCCGCCGAGCCACCGCGACCACAGACGACGGCCUCGGCAGCGCAGCUGGAACACAACGUGGAUAUGCGCCGUCUCUUCGGGUCCGCCAUUCAACGCAUGACCGGGCAGACGUGCGUGGCGAUGUUGGCCUUGCUGGCGCCGAAAAGCAUUCCGCAGUCCUUUCAGCGACCCCCCGGCACCGGCGGCCGGAGCAUCGACGGGGCGCUGACGCCGGCGGAGUUGGACGCGUGGGCGAAGCGCGCAGCGGAGGCGCAGCACAUUUUCACCCCGCAGAGGUCCUUGGAGGAGGACGAGGCACCGCACGGGUUGGACGAGCGCGGCGGCGCUACGGCGGCGGCAGAGGCGGAGAGUCACGAUGAGCCCACGGCGGCGGAGAGUCCAACGCACGACGACGUACAUGGUAGCGACGGCGCGGGGAGACGCAGCAAGAAGGCGGGGCCGACCUUCGCCACUCCGGCAGAGACGGAGGCGACACCGCGAUCGCUGGAGGAACGGGUGUGGCCGCAAACAGUGCUGGUGAACGUGACGGUCCCGCUGCGGUUUGUUUCGCUGCUGCAGGGGACGUUAUUUUUCCGGUCGCAGAUGCACGCCGCCGCGACGGCAGGCGCGCAGCAGAUGCGUGAGCAAGAGCCCGAGAAGGCUUGA